AUGGAAAUUUGCAAGCGCCCCCAUUGGAGCAUGUGCUCCGGGAGUAUUUGCACCACCAUUAUUCUCCACGCACACUCCACAUUUGUUCUCGAUUCCGCCCGGCAGCAUGCUCGGGCGAAAGGAGGGGUGAGCGCGGACCACAAAGAUGAACUGCAGCAGAAUUCGCGAAAGGCGAAACGCGCGGUCCAAAACCAAGAACAAGAGCGGGAGAAGGCGGAAGAAAGGGUGAAAGCAGCCGAAAACGCACUGGAGGCGCUCAUCGGCCCAUUCCGUUUGAGAAACAACGUCAGAGCUGCGGUAACGAAGGGAAUGCUCAUGCCGUUCCCAGUGUCAAUGCAAAAGGGCAAGGCCAAUGCCCGACUGGAGAAGGGACAGAACAUGCGAGAGGCGAGUGAUGCUGCUAUCUGUGAUUCUGUUUUGUCGUGUGUUGUGUGCAGUGUACUCAAGUGGAUGCCGUACGGAAGGAGAGUGCGCGUGGAGCCCACCGAUCCUUCGUCAGUAUACUUCUUGCCGGAGGCGGGGACGAGGGCUUGCCCCCGUCCUCCAUCGCAUGCAUUCGGCCCAUUCUACGUAGUUGGUGUAAAAGAGUCGCGGCAGAGCGACAAGAAGGAAAAGGCCGCGGCGACGGCGGCAUUAGCCUUGGCUGAAAAUCUGGCAUCGAAGGAGCCAGGAGAUACCAGGGAGCGGCCUGCAACCGGAUUGGGCAGUGGAGCGGCUGCGACGACACCGGCGGAGAGUAUUGACGAGGGUGGUACAGCGGUUGGUGCUGAUGGCGGGGAAGACAGUUUGGGUGAUCUCAAGUCUCAUGCGCCAAGCAUUUUCGGAUUCUUGAACACCGCAUUUUCCGAUCGCGAGCAGACAAAGUUCGACGAUGACAGCAACAUGCACGCGCGGCUUGAGCGAUGGGCAGCGGGGAGCGAGGCCUGGUCCAAGAGGCUCAUGCUUCGUAGGCGGAAGCUGUUCGACGUUGAAGAAGGAUUCCAACCGGAGAAGAGAAGGGUGAUGGAGGCGGUGGAAUCUGUGCUCGCGCUGUGGACCAGGAUACUGCAGCCCGCAUGCCGGGGGGACCUAAGAGUGUGGCGUUCAAGGCGAAACAUGAAAACAGACGAAACCGUUGCAACGUUCUCCCUCGCUUUGUUUGGCGGAACUCUGAAUCCCAGUCUACAAGAAAUGACCGACUUCGCAAAGUCUGCGGCAGCAACGGGGCUGGCCUCCACGCAGGGGGCAGACGGAAAAGGGAUAAUCGGGGGCAAACUGGGCCGUGAGGUGGUUGUGCAGCUGUUCAAGAAGUGGGUGCAGUCGGAUGAUAGGACCAAGGUUAUCAUCAUGCACCGGUCUGGGAAGGCUGCGAAUGAGCCAGCUGUCGAGGUGGUUCAGGUGGUGGGAUACAUUAAGGUCGACCUGGACACCCCUACCCCCGUCCUGAGGGAGUUCAUAAGGCGAUUCUGCGGCGGUUGGUUAAACGAGCACGCCAAGGGAGAUCACUUCGUCAUGGAAGAUGCGACGGGCACGGUAGUCAGGCGGAACAGGGAAGGGGGCAAGCAGAACGCGACGGCAAUGGACAUGGUGCAAGAGCGUAUUAAUAAGGCCACCCGCGACACCGAGUCCGUGAUUUUCGUACAGGACGAGAGGAGUAGAACGGACCCCGACGCCGAGGUGGAACUCGUCCUCAUCCCCGAGAAAGAUUUCCUCGAUCCAGAGUCGACGCCUACGUUCGAGGACGGAGUCAACGCUGACGAAGGAGAAAAAGACCACGGCGACGGCGACGUCGACGCACAGGGCGCACGAAAAAAGCACCGCGAGGAAGACGGUGCGGACGGAGGGGACGAGAGAUAUGCAGAUGGGCGUUCCAGCGACGUUUCUUCCGACCAGUUCAGCGCUAGUAUCGGUUCCAUGGGGAGCGACCUGGAGGAGGACGAGGACGACCCCUUCGCGGCAAUGCAGAAAGACUUGCAAGACGAAAAGGACGCACACAAUUCGGCGACCAAGAAUGACACUGCUGGCACGAACGAGGCAGCUAGAGGAUAGGGAUAAGCUGGGGACGUAUUGAUCCUGGCGCCAGUCGACACACCUCGUCGGUGAAUAUGCUUGACGUGUCAGACGGGGCUACACAAGAAAUAGAUCAAAC